AUGGAAGUGAAUGGAGGUGUACAUGAUAGUGGUGUAGGAGGGGGGAGAAGGGAAAAGAGAGAGGUAGUAGAUAAGUCGGUGGAGGAUUUAACUAAAUAUGCGCAUAGUCCAGCUCAUUUGGCAGUUGCGAGACGUGACCAUGCUGCCCUGAGGCGGAUUGUUGCUGCUCUGCCUAGGCUUGCUAAGGCUGGUGAGGUGAACAAUGAAGCUGAGUCGCUUGCUGCCGAGGUUCGAGCGGACGAGGUAUCGGCUGCUAUUGAUCGUCGUGAUGUGCCUGGUAGGGAGACACCUCUUCACCUUGCAGUGCGUCUUAGGGAUCAUGUUUCUGCUGAGAUAUUGAUGGCUGUUGGUGCGGAUUGGAGUCUACAGAAUGAGAAUGGUUGGAGUGCUUUGCAAGAGGCGGUGUGUACUAGAGAGGAAGCUAUUGCUAUGAUUAUUGCACGGCAUUAUCAGCCUCUGGCUUGGGCUAAAUGGUGUCGUAGGCUUCCACGCAUUGUUGCUUCGGCAACUCGUAUUCGGGAUUUUUAUAUGGAGAUAACUUUUCAUUUUGAAAGCUCUGUGAUUCCGUUUAUUGGACGCAUAGCCCCUUCUGAUACCUAUCGAAUAUGGAAGCGUGGUUCUAAUCUCCGCGCUGAUAUGACUCUUGCUGGUUUUGAUGGUUUACGCAUCCAACGAUCUGACCAAACAUUUUUGUUCCUUGGAGAGGGUUAUACUUCCGAGGAUGGUAAUUUAACUCUGCCACAUGGUUCUUUGCUUGCUCUUUCACACAAGGAGAAGGAAGUUACAAAUGCUUUGGAAGGGGCUGGUACACAACCAACAGAAGCUGAAGUAGCCCAUGAAGUCUCCUUGAUGUCUCAGACAAAUAUGUACAGACCUGGUAUUGAUGUUACUCAGGCUGAGCUUAUUCCUCAUUUAUCUUGGAGGCGCCAAGAGAAGACAGAGAUGGUUGGGAAUUGGAAGGCGAAAGUUUAUGACAUGCUUAAUGUGAUGGUCAGUGUGAAAUCAAGGCGGGUUCCAGGUGCUAUGACAGAUGAAGAGCUUUUUGCUGUGGAGGAUGGAGAAAGUAUGUUGAAUGGGGAAAACAAUGACGAAUACGAUGAUGUACUGACUGCUGAGGAAAGAAUGCAAUUAGAUUCUGCCCUACGAAUGGGGAACUCCGACGCAGCUUGUGAAGAUGAAGAGCAUGGGGCCUUUGAUGGUCAAGAAAAUGGCUCAUCAACUUCCUUUGAGAACUCUGAAGCCAAUGGCGUGGUUAAAGAGAAAAAGAGCUGGUUUGGUUGGAAUAAGAAAAGUUUGAAGAGCAAAGGUGAUGACCCUGAGGAUUUAAAAACUUCAAAGAAAACUUCAAGGCUUGGCGCAGAAGGUAGCAGCCAGAGGUUAGGUGAUCAACAAAAGUUAGCAUCUGAGCUUCUGAAGGAGGAUAGCGGAGACACUAAGAAGGGAAAGGAUAAAAACAUUAAAAAGAAGAAGAAGGGAGCAGUUAGUGAGUCUAAAAACGAGAGUGAAUAUAAAAAGGGUUUAAGACCUGUCUUGUGGUUAACGCCUGACUUCCCAUUGAAAACUGACGAGCUGCUGCCUCUACUUGACAUCUUGGCUAAUAAGGUUAAGGCUAUUAGAAGACUCAGAGAGCUCUUGACAACUAAGCUUCCUCAUGGAACUUUUCCUGUCAAGGUUGCUAUCCCAAUAGUCCCUACUAUCAGGGUGCUUGUCACAUUUACAAAAUUUGAGGAGCUUCAGCCAGUAGAGGAGUUUUCAACACCACUUUCCAGCCCUGCACAUUUCCAGGAUGCCAAAUCCAAAGAAUCAGAGGGGUCUGCAUCAUGGAUUUCAUGGAUGAAAGGAGGCCGAGGGGGGCAGUCCAGUGACUCCGACAGUCACAGAUAUAAGGACGAAGCUGAUCCUUUCAGCAUACCUGCAGACUACAAAUGGGUAGACGCCAAUGAAAAGAAACGGCGAAUGAAGGCAAAGAAAGCCAAAAGUAAGAAACAUAAGAAGCCGCCAGUAGGUAAACCUGGAGAUGGAGUGCAUCGCAGCACUGAGGACAUAGAAGAAUAG